AUGGAACAAGCACAAGUAUUUACCUGUCAGCGUUGUAAACAUACCCUGAGGAUUGAUGAUACACUCACCGAUCUUGGUUCGACUUCAAUUGAUAUCUUACUAGCACCUCUUCCUGAAGAGGUCAUUCGCCCAUCAGACUCAUCGACAGUAGAUCGACGAUCUGAAACUGCAGAAAUUAAUAGAAGCUCUAAGCAAUCAAAUAACAUCGAUCGCAAUGGGCUUUCCAUACCGACUAGUCUUAGUUAUAGACUUAAAGUUGCCAACCGUCUUUUUGACCUUAUGUCAUCUAGGUCCGAAAUAGAUCAUCCAAUGUGUCAAGAAUGCACUGAUAUGCUUUUGGAUAGUUUAAGCAAACAAUUAAGUGAUGCCUCCCGAGAAAGAGAUUGUUAUAUAGAUUUCUUAAAGAAAGUUAAUGUCAGCAUUAUAAGCGACGCUGAACAAGAGAGUUUGCAAAAAGAAAUUCAUGAGAUACGAUCCAGUGAAUUAGCUGCUAUUAAAACAUUAAAAGAAAUAGAAAGUGAACGUGAUACAUUGAAAAAAGAAUUAGCCGCUUUGGAAGAAGAGGCCAGGGAACUUGAUAAACUUGAGGAAAGUUAUUGGCAGGAAUUUAAUGAUUUUCAUCUUCAACUACAAGCCUUUCAAAAUGAGAGAGAUAGCGUCAAUUUAAAAUAUGAUCAUGAUGCAAAACAAUUGGAAAAACUUCAGAGGACCAAUGUAUAUAAUGACACUUUCUGUAUCUGUAUUAGUCAUGAUGGCCAUUUUGGAACUAUUAACGGUUUUAGACUUGGUCGUUUGCCAGAUGUGAUGGUAUAA